CUCAGUACAUUUAUCAAAGCCUUCAUACGGUCACAGACCCUCUUUUUCAAUGCCCCAGCAGCAGCUGUCACAGCUCCACGAGUCAAGACAGUCCAGUGAGUCACGGACAUCAGUCACUAGCAGUAACAGCCCCUCUCCUACCAAUGGAAAGACUCAGUUAUCACCAUCUCAUGGACCUACUACUGUACCAAGAAGGAAUUCUGAUAGUGCAGUUCGGAUUCAUGCAGUCAAGUCGAGCAAAUCGAUAGAGAGCAAUUUGUCAAUGAAGUUUGACCAGACCUUACACAUGGCAGAUUUGACAGCUGAGAAUUCCGAUCUCAUACAAGAGAGGGACAAAAUGAAACUUGAAAUCCUUGAGCUUCGAGAUCGACUCCAAGACGUUGAAAAAGAUAAUGAGGGACUCAGGAACGACCUGGCCCUCUCGGAAACCCUCCGCAAGAAGGCAGAGAGCGAAGUAAAGUCCCUGAAAGAGAACAGAGGCAAGGUUCUACGAGGACUUAGUACCCAAACUGAAAUUGCAACGGCUCAAUUUCGUCUUGACUUUGAGAAUCUCAAGAAGCAGCUCGAAAGCAAGGAAGAGGUGAUCGCCCUCCAGGAGAAAAAAAUUAAAAGCUUAAUAGAGUCGAAUUGUACUCUUCGUAACGGUCUGGAACAGGUCCAGGGGGCCCCCUCGAUGGGUCAUAUUGAGAGCGAGGAUGAUGAGGGGGUCCAGUCUAGUCUGGUUUUGAAUGGACACUCACGACGCGUGAAUCCUGUUCAAGCCGAACUUGCCAAAUUUAUAAAACAGCUGGACAUUUGAGCCCAUCUCUCCCUCCCUCUCUCUCUUCCUCUCUCCUUUCUUCUGAAUAUACCUCAAUUAUUAAGAAACUGUCACUGUCGAUCCUCUUUAAAAAGAGAGAGAGAGGGAAGGAGGACUAUAUUCUAUUUAAUGUUAGUGUUUCUUGUUUUUGAUGUGUGUGUGAUUAUUUGUAUCCGUGUCAAAUUUUUAUCAGUUUAUCAGACAAU